AUGAGUGGCAGUGGCUCUGGUUCUGGCCCACUCCAGCCUACAUGGCAUGGUUUCAUCCAGAACAGCAUGGACGGGCUUGUCCUCUUUGAAGCCUGCCUCAGCGGCAAGCUGCACCAUGUUCCCCGUCGCCCUCACGAUCGUGAGCGAGCAAGUCUGAUCAAAAGUGGCAGUGUCUUCAUUUACGAGGAAAACGCGUCUGGUAUCAAGCGUUGGACAGAUGGUGUCGCUUGGAGUCCCAGUCGCAUCCUUGGAAACUUCUUGAUCUAUCGCGAACUAGAGAAGCCUUUUCCUCCCGGCGAGAAGAAGCGAGCAAUGAAGCGCAAGCGAUCUUCGCAAGAGCCUGAAGGUCGCCGUGACUCUGAGGAAAACGAAGUUGCCGAAUACAAUAGGCUGCCUCCUACACCUCCAUCUCCCGCAAACCAACCGGAUUCGAAAGCCGCCGCUGCUGGCACGACUGACAGUGAUAAAGAGGUGGAACGCCAGCUCAUUGGCUCACUCGUUGAUAGCUACGGUUUUAGACCCAAUGGCCUCGUCAAGAAGACGAUGAGCAUCUCUUUGAACGGCGUCUCGCAUCAUCUGGUCUCCUACUACACCGUGGAGGACGUCAAGCAGCGAAAGCUCCAGCGACCUCUGGUUGACACGCGCCUCAACGGCAUCGCAAUUCGUCCCGAGCUUUACCUUAAGCAAAACUUCCGCGCACCAGUCGAGGAGUCGGAUCAAUUUGCCGUUGAUCACAGCGGACACUGUGUUCCUGGCUCUUUUAGAAGACAUAAAGGACACCGAAGACAAUAUCUGCCCGUUUCCUACAGUAAAAUACCUUGA